UUUUCUGAAAAUACUGUUCCUUCUCUUAAUAUGUACACGCUAUCUCGUCAUGGAUUUGGUGUUGUUUUGCGAGUUCUUAUGUUUAACAGUGUCUAAAGUGCAAAUCAAUAAUAUAACGUAUUAAAAUAAAACCUAACAAAUAAAUAAUCAUAAACCGCAACCUGGCUAAGUUACUUUCUGUUAAUAAAGUUAUGCAAGAGUACUGUUUAUUCCAGAAUCCAACAUUAAUAUUGUGUACUUUGAAAUAUAUAUAAAAUCACUCACAUAUGUAGAUACCAAUUCUAUUGUAUAUGUAUGCUAUUUUCCCUUAGAAAAGCAAAUAUAUGCAUUUAUAAAUAAAUUGGUGUGUUUACCUAGCAUAUUACUUUUAAAAUCUCCGUAUAAAUGUUAACCUACCUUCUGAAAAUAUGUGAUGUGCAAAUGCGCUGACAAUUAAUAUGUAUCAAUUAAUAAGUGUCAAACCUAAAAAUGUGUACUUCGAACCCCUGUAUAUACAAUAAAAAGGUACAAAGACCUAUUGGUAUUUAUUUAUAAGAUACCAUCUUUAAUCUAUCUGUCAACGUAAAAUAUGGAAUUUCCAAAAAAACACGAAAAAUCUGUGAACUAUUUGACGACAUUGAGAAGUCCCAUGGCGGUCGUAAAAAAAAGGUCAGGGCCGUUGGAUAUAGCACUUGACGAAGUGAACGACGGUACAGCCGUAUCAAAAAUAUGGUCGUUGCCAUUAGAAGACCCACAUUGUCCAGAUGCCUUCAGCAUGCGUAAGCCAGUGAAUUUUGGGAGUAAGCUCUUUGAAGGAGCUUCUUCUCCAAAUAAACUGCGACGACGCAGCGCAAAAGACAAGGAAAAAAAACGCGAGCGCUGGCUUCUAACUCGAAAAACUUGGAGAUAUAUGACAGAUGCAGGCCGCAAGCUAAUUCCCGAUGGUUAUCAAACUGGGUCAGGUAAUCAUGACCUAAUUAAAGAUCAAUUUCAACGGGUGUGUUUAUCUGAACCAAGUUUUAUUUUAUGGAGUCGAAGAACAUCAUAUCCAGGAGCAUUCAGCAGUUCUAAGCGGAGAUUAAAACCAUUGUCGAGGCACGCAAGUGCCAGCCGCAGAAAACAUGCAGUAGAUGCAACAAAAGAUUAUCAUAUUGCCGAUCGAGUCAUCGAAUUAUUGCAGACGUAUCUUCAACUUCGUGAUGCAUACAAAACCACAACAUUACUUGGAACUAAAACGGUUCGGCCAGACCAAACAUCAUCUCCUAGUGCACAAAGGCCUAACUUUAAAAACAAGAGUGACAACCAUCAAGUAAUGUCAUCCGACACAUCGAUUCAAAGCGAGCUUUUGUCCUAUCUUAAAUUGUUAUCUAAUAGCCCUAUAUUUGCACAUGAGGGAGUUCAGUUUAAGUUUGGCAAUGCACCACUAGACAUUCUCGAAGACAAAGUUCUUUUGAAGAAAAUCUAUAGUGCACUUAAGAAACAGCAGCUUCAUCGAACGCUACAUUCCAAUGAUCCGUAUAAAGAUAAUAUUUCGACUUCAUUGUCUUGCUUAUUAAAAACUGGAAUGCAAUUAUCUAGAGGUAACACUGAUAUAAACAAUAAGUUACUACAUGAAAAUUUCGUAUGUCUUAAGAAUUGUGAUACUACCCCCAUUUUAUCAAGCGCAAAAAUAGAACUUUAUUUAGAUCUCUAUAAGGUUCCACAAAACGUUGAGUUUAAAAACGAAUGCCACUCAAACGGACAUAUCGUUGAGAGAAUCCUAAAAACCUGUGGAACUCAAACGAAUUUUAUUCAACUUAGCGAGCUAAAAAAUUUGGCGCAGCAGUACAACCCUAUGGUUAAAAAUUGCGAUACUACCUUAAAUUUAUUAGAAGAGCCAAAUAAAAAAGACUGUUUAAAAACUUCAAAUUUAAUAAGUAGGAAAAGUUCAAUUGACGAAGAUAUUUCUCAAUCAGUUAGCGAUACGAUUAAACGGUAUUUAAACAUGGCAAGAAAAAAAAGUAUGCAGGAUUCUGACUCAAACCGAUUUAAAUCGAUUAACUAUGAUAAGAACUUGAGAAAUAUCAAAGCAAAGGGCGCAAUAAAUCCACCGGGAAUAAGUGCAGGAUUACACAAGGCUGUACAAACUUUAAAUGCUUGGCCUCUCAUAGCUUUGGAUUUUAUACGGGGAAACGAAUGUUCUUCAAGUCUUAAAAACGCUCACUUAGAAUGGUUAAGAUUAGAGGAUGAACGAAGUCAGAUACAUUUAGAGUGGGAAAAAAAUCUAACAGAAAUAAGGAGUAAAGUGCACACAAAUCCACAAAUUGCUAGUCCGGGAAACAGCCAUACGUAUUCCAAGUGCGCUUCUGCACCUACUUCGCCGACUAGUCAUUCAAAGUUAGAAAAGGCUAUAAAGACUUCCAGCGGAAUAAUCUCUUCAAGUUCUCAAUUUAUUUUAAAUAUUUGGCACGGACAUAGCAAUGCUGGAAACAAUUUUAACACAUUUACAGACAAAUUUCUGGAUUCAAAUCAGGGUCAUGCAACGGCAAGUAUGCAGAAGUCAAAAUCGUUAUCUAAUGUGGGCCAAUUUGUAACAAAACGAAUGUGGCGGAGUCGAUCCAAAAGCCAAAAUAAACGGAGUUUCUCUAACAACUGUACACCAACUCUAAAAUGGUAUCCGUCGGAGAAUUAUUUAUGGAUUUCAGAGUCUGGCGAAUCUUUUCAAAUAGUGGAGACAAAUCUAACAAGGCUGUCAAAAACAGAAUCAGAUAUAGUAAAAAAUGUUGCAUUAGAAAAAAUUCAGGAACUAAAUAUUGGAAAUAUUGAAGAUUUAAAGAUAUUGUCACAAAAACGACAAGCUGCACCUAAAAAAAAAUCCUUGACUACAAGCUUUUUUGAUAAUGGAAAGAAGUAUGAUCACAAUGCUCGCACAGUAUUGUUCGGAACUUCUUUGGAAUGUUGCUUAGCAAGAGACAGACAACGAAAAGUUUAUAUAGAAGACCGAUCGAAGUAUUCACUAAUGUCAGUGUUUCGUGGAAGCGGUGGUAGCCCAGGAAGUGUUUUGAAGCUUAAUGAUAAUGUCAGGUCAUGUGAAAGCUUACCAUCAAAGUCUCUUGAAUACGGAACUACGGACCUCUCUGAAUAUUCUAGAGGUUCCUUUACAAAUAUAUCAAAGCCUUUAGCAUCGCUAUCUCAUUCUGAAAUUGAACACAAUGAAAUGAAUUUCGUUAAGUCAUAUCAAGAACCAUCAAAAUUAAUGGUACCAAUAUUCGUAAACACCUGUAUUGAUUAUUUAGAAGAGAAAGGAUUAAAACAGGUUGGGCUCUUUCGGGUGAGCACAUCCAAAAAACGAGUAAAUCAAUUGCGAGAGAAAUUCGAUAAAGAUAUUAAUUUUGGAAUUUCUGUUGACACAUGCCCACAUGAUGUAGCCACACUGCUUAAAGAAUUUCUACGUGAUCUUCCGGAACCACUACUUUGCAACACACUCUAUUUAACGUUUUUAAAAACACAACGUAUUCGGAAUCGACGAUUGCAACUAGAGGCUAUAUCACAUUUGAUAAGACUACUUCCCGUACCACACAGAGACACGUUGUAUGUCUUACUAGUAUUUCUAGCUAAAGUGGCAUCACGCAGCGAUGAUAUAUGGUCUACUGAUGGAUGUUGCUUAACUCUGGGAAAUAAAAUGGAUAGCAAUAAUCUAGCCACAGUAUUUGCUCCAAAUAUUUUGCGUAGCACUCUUUUAACAUUUUCAAGGGAUAAAGAGCAAGAAAAUAUGAGCGAUGCAAUUAAUGUCGUAAGAACCAUGAUAAAUCACUAUGAAGAACUUUUCAAGAUAUCAGCAGAAUUACUGAAUGCCAUUUAUACGCAAGGGCUGGAAGAUUGCCCCGAAAAGUUAUAUGAGCUCAUUUCAACGAAAGUAAAUGGAUCCGAAUGGCCCCAACAGCAAAUAGAUGACCCUCAACCAAGCAGUUUAUCGAAUGUCGCUUUUGAAACGCCCAUCGAAGGAAAGCGGAAUGACAAUAUCAACGAUUUAAACAACAUUGACUUAAAAAAUUGGCAAGAUAAGCCAACAGAUCAUAGUCAUCCGGCUGAAAGUCAUAAUGAAAAUUUAGAGAUUCUCACCGCUAGUCUCAAAAUAUCUGUUCCUGAACAAAGUCACAUAAGUCCCAAAGAGUCUAUAAAAAACCAAGAACUUAAAACGUCAUACAAAAAGCCUAAUUCUAGCCACCUAGCCAAUAUAUCAGAUGUCGGUGUCAAGACAUUAGGGGCAGAUGACGACGAGAAUAAAAUUAAAAUACCUACAUCUAACAACUUCUUUGGCAUCCAUAAACAGAAUAUUCCCAAAAAAACAACGUAUAAGCGACAGCAUCUAAUUUCGAGCUCAAGACGAAUAAACCAAGAACCAUAGAUAACACUUAUAAUAAUUUAUAAAAUUGUUUAACAAAUAAUAGUGUUUUUAAAAAAUGUAUAUACUCCUGCUGUUUUUGAUGAAUUAUAUAUUUCC